AUCUGAGUCUGCAAAGAGCAACACGGCCUGUUAACGCGUUUAAGGGGUUAUUACCAGCUUAAUUUUUUUUUUGGCCAUUUUUUUUUAUUGGCUUAAUUUAUGCUAAAACAUCCUUAGAAUUGAAAUCUACAACGCCCAGGUACUAAUUUAAAUUUAAAAAAUGUUUUAAAUCAAAUUUUCCGAAGUAUUAUUAAGUAUUGCCACAUAUCAGCAUAAGGAUCCGAUGCAUAAAGAUGUGUUUGAUGCAAUCAAACCAAUCUACGAAGAUCUCAGCUCCGACGGCCUUCUUUCCCGCUGCUUGGGUGGAUGUAUCCAAAAUAGUAAUGAGUCGUUCAACGCAGUCGUUUGGUCAAUUGCUCCAAAAACGGUGUCCAGCACUAAAACGAUUCUUGGCAUUGCGACUGACAUAGCUGUCAUUACAUUUAAUGAUGGCUUGUCAAGUCUGUUUGCCGUCUACGAUACCCUUGGAUUUACUGUUGGGCCAAGGAUGUAUGAAUUCUGCUUGGAAACAGACUCCAACCGGAUCCAAGCUGCUGAGCACAGUAUGUCCGCCUUUGCAAAGAAGGCCAGACGCAGUAAUACAUCGGCAAAAAAGGAUGAAGAAGAACACAAUAAGGCUCUUGAAGGACAAUUGUACGGUGCAGGGAUAGCAGACUGAAGGUAAAAAAAUUUUUUUAUGGACCAUUUUUAAGAUUUAUCAACUUUAAAUGCGUUUUUAAACUUUAAACGCGUUUUUCUCGAAAUCAUGUUUUCAAAAUCGGUCGGAAGUAGAACUCAAAAAGUUUUCAUCCGAUUGACUUCAAAAUUUAACUGUAGCUUCUUCGUUAGAUUAUCUAGUAAAGUACACACGAUUUUAGUGAUUGCUUCACUAGAAAAAAAGUUAUAACCCCUUAAAGUCGAUUUUUUUCGUCGAAAAAUGAAUUUUUUUGUUUAAACUUCUGCCAUUUCGCGAAAAAAAAUUUAAAAAAUAUAAUUAUGUGUACUUCACUAGAUAAACUCAUGUAGAUUAUGAAAAAAAUUUUUUUUUGUUCUAGGUUGAACUGGAAGAGACUUCUACUGCCGGCCGCGGAAGGCCUUUUUAAAAAGUGAUCUGAAGGUUAUUACUGUACAGCCGCCAUUUUGUAAAUAAACUGCAAUAAAAAUUUUUUUUUGUAUUUCAAAACAUGAGUAAUCAAUAGGAUUUUUUUUGUAAACCAUUCAUUUUAAAUACCUUCUCAAAAAAAAUCAUAAAAAAAGCCUUUAAUAACUCCUUAAUCGCUGCCGGGCUCUGAUCUCUCGACUCGACUUUCGAUUUCACGUUAGGCUUGCAUGCGCUCCCCGCUGUUAUCGAGACUGACAGUUUAGUUAUUAUGAUGUGUGCGUUUUAAGACUGCAGAAAUCGUGAUUAAUGCAUUCAUUGGUAUUUCGGCAUCGGUAUAUGAUUAUAUUGUAUAAAUAUAUUUUAUAAGUUAUAUUUAAAUGAGACAAAAAUAUGAAACGGUCUAUACACGAAAAGUUUAAUAUCGCGCGAAUACGACCCAUGUAGAAGCAAAUAUAUUAACAGAGAAACCUCCGUCAGAAUCGUGCGAUUUUCGACUUAUUUCUAAAGAGAAGAGAAUCUGAAGGUCAAAAAUUCUUUUCAUAGGAUUCUCCGGGUCGCAAGGUUCCGGUGACGGCCACGAGAACUCGGCUGGGAUCCGGAUCUUAUGCGCUUCGUAAAUUCGAAGGGAUCCAAGACGGAUUUGGCAAAUGUAGUUAAUGGCCCGCCAGUUUCCCCGAAGGAGCCGGCACAAUCGGAUCGUAAUGUCUACGCGAAGAGCAAUAAAACGAAGUUUACCCCGCCGGUUUAUAGACUAACGCGUUGCCAAAGAAGCCAUCAUUUGUCCUACAUACAAAACCGAUCGUGAAGCACACAAGAGUCGCAGGCUCCAAUUUGCCCGAGUCUUCUGCGAAAGCGUAAAAACGUCUCGGAUUUGCAUUUGCGUGCCAGAUACGUAAAACGUUACGGGAAUCUAUCGAAUAACAAUGCCUUGUCACCGCGCAAAAGUAAGAGAAAGAAUCCUCGGAAUAAUGGCUAGUAAUUGAAGUGGUGAUCGAGCGGGUUUGAAGUUAAAGCGAAAUCCUCCACGGGAAACCUCUUGAGUGAAACGAUCUCUCGUCGAUUCCUGUCAUGAUUUCGCGUCGAUGCAUUUCAACGCACAAAGACUCGAGAACGCAUCGAAGAGAAAUUGUCGUUCACUCGAAUUUUAAAAUAUGUGCGAAUCAAGCAUUUGCUUGGUCAAAUCGAAUCGAAUCUUUGAUAUCCUCGAAGUCGAAUCAAAUAGAAUUUCUUUAAUUCGAGUGCGAGUCG